GCCAGGAUGAGGGGGGAAAAUCCUGGUAGGAACGGAGAUGGGCUGCGAAUGCGAAUCUGAGGUAGUGGAGAUUCGGAGAGAUACACCGAGAGCUAUAUAAGAAUGUGCUCCUCGCAAGAGCAAACAUUUUUCCAGGUGAAUGAUUCUCACGAGGCAGACAUGACCAUGACUGAAGAGGCUGUUUCAAGGCGGCUCAGCGCCAUUAACAAAACGUACUUCUAUUUCACCACGGCUUCCCUUGCGGUGUGCCUCGUCUUUGCUCUCGCAACCAUCAUGGUCUUAAUCAUUCAAAGGAAGGGUCUGGCUUCCCAAGAGGAUGGCUAUAAAGAUCCAUACAAAGAAGAGAAAUCUUUACAUGCUUUUUUAAGGACCCUACCAAGCACUUCAGCAGCUGCAUAUCUGAAAGUGUCAAAGCCAAUAAAUAAUCCAAAGCUGAAGUGGACUCACAAUGGUAUUCUCCAAAACAUCACAUUCAACAGCGAGGGGGACCCCAUCAUCCAGACGUCAGGCUUGUACUUGAUCUAUUGCAACUUGCACUUCCAUCUCACCAACUUCUCAGGUGACACAAUUGACCUAAAGAUGGAAGUGCUGGUGAAUAAUGCCACGAAGCGGCAAACAUUAUUCACACACUGCACCAACAAUCAAACAGUAUUCAAGCAAUGCGCAUCAGUCACAAGCUCCAGCGGGAUAUUUCAGGAGCUCUCCAUAUUCCAUCUGGUGAACCUAGACGCAGAUGACUGGAUAUCAGUAAAAACUGAGCAGUACAAAUAUUUGGAUUUAGAUUUCCUUCCCAAUGACAGUGUUCUUGCUGUCCUCAGGUACAGUGGGGAGUGCACAGACUGCUCCCUGUAAUUAAAAUAACCUACCUUCAAUGACAAUGCCUCUGCUGGACAAUACCUGGCCUGAAGUUGGCAUCCUUCAUCUCGUCCUACCAGGAAAAUACGGAACUUUUCAAGUGUCCAAAAGUGACAUCUAAAACAUGCUUCCAACAGACAUUUGGCUGAGAAUGACUGACCGUCAGGAACAAGGCCAGCAGGCCA